AUGCCUGUCGAAUCUGCUAACCGGACUGCCAACAUAGGGGUGCGGCGGCGGCCGAUGCGCGUCUUGAUCCGGCUCUCAAACGAGGCUCUCAACAGGCUUCCGCGCGAGCGAGAGUCGAUAUUGACAUGGCUUCGCACAGACUCUGUGGCAGACAGAUUUCUGAGAAAUUCCAACAAUGUCACCCACUGCCAGCUGGCCCCGAAUGCCAAUGGUCAGGCUGAAGCAGAAGCAGUGGCAAAGUUAGUGCAACAAUUGGAACUGUAUAUGGACUCAAUCACCGAUUGGAACGUUAUCUUUGCCGAUCUUGUUGGUAAUGGCGAGUCAUCGGUAUCCCGCCAUGUCGAUGUCAGUAUCGACAUCGAAACUAUGUUGUUGAACCUCUCCCUCCUCCACGACGCUGACAAAAUACAAGACUUCCGAUGUAUCGGCUCGAUCAUGGAGUGGAGCAACACAGGACAUUGA